UUGGGUGCAGCAAGGUUUUAAGUGGCACCGGCUAGUCCUCGCGACCAUUCAGUACCGUAACCGAACUGCUCGCGAAAUGGUCAUCAGGUGUAAAGUGAACCGCAACCAGCAUUACCGUUGGUAUGCAAUCGUAGGACUGCUGCUCGGUUUUGAACUGGGUAUUGCUGCGAGUGUUAGUCCUCUGCGUGAACUAGUGGCUUGGGAUACACUAUCACCCAUCGGCGGAUCAACGGAGACCGUCUUUGCACCGGCAGCCGAGAUCGAUCAAUCGUACUUCCUCCCAAACAACUCGAUCCCCACGCACUACUCCAUCUCACUGGAAACGGAUAUUCACCAGAAUGUGCGAACGUUCCGUGCAACCACCUGGGUGUAUCUAACGAUCCUCGAACCAUCCGAUCGCAUAACGAUGCAUCUGCAGGAGCUCACGAUCAUGGAGGCGCGACUAUACCGGGUGGCAAGUUCUGGUGGACAAGCGAUUGAGAUUGAUCAACCAGCGCGCAUCGUCAAUAUCGCACUCGAGCACGUUACCUUCCGCACGGCCGCAACUCUCCCCACGGGAAACUAUGCGCUCCGCAUCGUGUAUACGGGCAUUAUGCUGAACUACCAGAGUGGCUACCUUGCUUCGCAGUACCGGAACGAACAGGAUCAAUGGCGCUACGUCGGUUCGACCCACUUCCAGGCGACGCACGCACGCCGACUGUUACCGUGCUACGACGAACCGGCUCUAAAAGCCACGUUCGACUUACAGAUACGACACCAUCGGGACUACAAAGCAAUUGCCAACAUGCCCCGUACGUCCAUUGAGAUCGAUCCUACCAACCGCGAGUAUUUGAUAUCGGUCUUCGAGACGACACCGCGUAUGUCCACCUAUCUGCUGGCCUUCGCCGUUACCGACUUCGCAACACGAGAGAACGGGAAACACCAGGUGGUGGCGCGUUCCAAUGCCAUAAACGAUGCGGACUAUGCACUCCAGGUUGGAGCAACGAUACUGGAGCGCCUCGAGGACUAUCUCGGUGUACCGUAUUACGAAUACAUGCCGAAGUUGACAUCCAUCGCCAUUCCUGAUCGGGGCACAGGUGCCAUGGAGAAUUGGGGUCUAGUUACGUACGGGGAACCGGUAAUGCUCUACAAUCCGACCGUAAAUACCUACCGCAAUCGGAAAGACGUCACGACAAUCAUUGCACACGAAUACGCCCAUCAGUGGUUCGGAGAUCUGGUCAGUCCGCUCUGGUGGCAGUACAUCUGGCUGAACGAGGGGUUUGCCACCCUCUUCCAAUACUACGCCACACGGUUGGCUGUACCGGGUGAUGAGUACUGGGAGCUGUUUAACGGGGAAGUCAUUCAACGCGCAUUCCAGGAUGAUGCCAGCGAAACCAUACACUCCAUGAACCAGAAUGCGGCCACUCCGCAAGAGAUACUCGCGCUGUUUGAUUCCAUUGCCUAUAAAAAAGCGGGCAGUGUGUUGAACAUGUUCCGCAAUGUCCUCGGAGAGUCUAGCUGGCAGGAAGGACUGAAACAGUACCUAAAAGAUUACGAGCUGACCGUUGCCAGCGAUAGUACGCUCAGCUUUUAUCUGCAGCAAGCGGUAGAGGGUAAUGACAUACUGCCACAAGGUGUCAAGGUGCAAGAUCUGCUAGCCUCAUGGACCAACGCUCCCGGCUUUCCGGUGCUCACCGUAAAUCGACUUUACCGCGAUGGCUGGAUGAUUCUGUCCCAGAACCGCUUCAUGAACGGCAAGGUACUGCCGGUCGAGCAUGUCUGGCACAUUCCGUACAACUAUGCCUAUGCAUCGUCAGCCUCGUUUUACGAUCUAUCACAGUACGACUGGCUGGCCGCACCAGCAGCCAAGAUCGCAUCGACCGUUCCCGACAACGAAUGGGUUGUGUUCAACAAGCAGCAGACGGGUUACUAUCGCGUAAACUACGAUCGACGCAACUGGGAGCUGCUGAUCGAAGCGCUGCACGCUAACCACAUUGCCAUCCAUCGUCUCAACCGUGCCCAGCUCAUCGACGAUGCGUUCCAUCUGGCCCGAGCCGAUCUACUCGACAUGAGUGUCGUCCUGCGGCUGCUUCGCUAUCUGCGCAACGAGCGCGACUACGCACCGUGGCAGGCCGCUGAUCAAGUCCUGACGUUCCUGUACGAACAGCUGCACGGUACCGAGCACGAGCAUGCGUUCCUCAUCUUCAUGGACGAGCUCAUAGAGGAGGUGUACGCUACGCUAUCCGUCGACACGGUUAAUCCCGGUGAAACGACGCUCUACAAAUAUCUGAAACAGCUUAUUACGGGAUGGGCAUGCAGAAUCGGUUACAAGGAUUGCCUGCAGCGUUCCCGGGAAGCACUUCGCAAGGAGUACAGCACUCCGAGUGCCGGGGAAACCGCCGUUCCCGUGCACCCCGAUGUACGAGCCGUUGUUUACUGCCAUGGACUGCAGGAGGAUACCGAGCCCGAGUUCCAGGCAAUAUAUAUGCGGCUGAUGAAUUCCCGUAAUCAGGCCGAGCGUACAGAUCUGCUGAAAGCGCUAGGCUGCUCUCAGAACGAAAACAGUCUUCGCACGUUAUUGGCAACUAUAGUGUUAAGCGCAAGUCCUGGCACCAACUUUAUCUAUCUCAGUGAGGAACGGGCCCAACUCUUGAACGCGGUUACAACCGGCACAACCGGCGUCGGUAUCGCCACUUUUGUGGACGUUUACAGUGAUACGGUUUCGUUGCAAACGGCAAUCAGUAUCGCCGGAGCAGGAGCGAUGGAAUCGGCUGUCAGGAAUGUUGCUGCCCAGUGCAACACUCCGCAGGAGCGAGAACAACUCGAGACAUUACUAAAAGCGGUCACAGGAUACGUUAGUUCAGCAACGGUAAACUCAGCUCGUGCUCUGGCUACCGCCAAGUUGGACUGGUUCAAUUCAGCCGAAGCACUAAUUGUGGCCGAGUUUCUCGAGAGCUACAACAACAUCUGAGCUCAACGAGAUUGCACAAUGGAGAUGAAAGUGACGCAAUAAAUUAGAGAAAAAAAUGCCUAGAGCACGAUGAAAACUAAUCGAGCCAGUAUCUUAUCUAGUCACAGAGUCCAUCGGGAUGUGACGGCUUCGCCCAUCUUACGCAUUGUCAGCCGUUAUCAGGAGAUGCUUCGAUUUUGGGUGAACUGAAUUAAAUAAUAAACGACUAGACAGGAGCACAAUGCUCUCUCGUUA